GUAGUAUUGUUGGCGAAGGGAAUUUUGAUGGGGACAAGACGAAUUUGGUAUGCAUCGCUUAUCAAUUUAUCCUUAUUUCUUUUUGUGGUUGAAUGUGGUACACCAUUUUUGAAUGUUUAUUUGGAUGAACAAAGUCAGAAGUCGUUACACGCUGUUCUAAUCAAUGCUCUUGAUAGCAACGAGUUAUCCGCUAUACAUCAUGGUGCAGCUGGUUUGAAACUUGCGGGUAUUCCGAUUGAAGCUGGUAAGAAUAAGGCUCUCUGCGGUACAGUUCGAAAAGUAAAUGCUGAGAAAUUAGAACAACUAUAUCACGCAGUUAGCGCUGCGGCUGCUCUAAAAGAUUGUACGCUUUCCGUACCGAAUGCUAAAGAAACUGUCGAAGCAGUGUUAAAAGAAAAUUCCCCAACUUCUCGUGACAUAUAUUUGGCGCUUGCUGUUGCCGAAAAAUUGAAAUUGAAAGCAGACUAUAAUGGUUUUGCCAAAGCCUUAACUGUUGCAUUGGCAAAAGAUGAUGGUGCUUCUAGUCUUGCAUAUGGGUUAAAUGCGGCAGCUUUGUUGGAUAAUACCAAUGCCGAAAAGUACUUCAUACGUGUCGAGGAUUUGGUUGGUCAGGCGGAUGAAGUGGAUGGCAAGUAUCUUCAAUUGGAAGGCGGCUUAUCAAUCACUGCUUUUGGCGUUUAUGGAAUUUACAAUCUAGCUGAUAAACUUAACAAGUCACCAAGUGUAAAAAGCGACGAAGCGGUGAAAUUAGCAAAUUAUUUGCUUAGUCGUAGAACUGUACAGUUGGAUCGUGGUGCCUAUCUCCUACUGCUGACAUUGAAGAAGCUUGCGAAUAACCAUUUCCAAAUUCCAGUUGUCUUUUCUUUGGCAUCAAGCAUGUCCUUACUGGAUACGAAACCUUUGGUAAUUCGUGUUUCGAACGUAUUAGGUGAAUCGGUUGGCCCAUUGUCAGUGAUUUUGGAUGCAGCGACACAUAUAGCUUCUAAAGAAGUUGUGGUUGUACGACAACAGUUGAAAGCAGUUGCAUCUGAUAAAACUAAUACGUUGUAUGAAGUGCAUGUUAAAAAUGCCAAACAACGUGGAUUUUAUAAUCUUGCCCUAACCGCAGGAAGUCAGGAUAAACGUUUGGUUGGAACAAAUGGUGCAUCACUGGUGACGAGAGUACUUGUAAAAGUGCGUGUCGAAGAUGUCACAGUGGCGGUGUUCGAUCGGGAACUUUCGAAACCGUCGUCAUCUAUCUCUGUUAAAGAGAGUUCAAAGAUUGGGAAAACUCUGGAAGCCGACGUGCACAGCAAGAUGGAGAUCAAAUUUAAAGUUAAAGAAGCAAAAACUGAUGAAGCAAUAUUGGUUCAUCAGGCGUUCGUAAUAUUUGUUCAUAGUAACACUCGUCAAGAAAUUAUCUUUGUUGCCACACCGGACCACAACCACAAUUACAUAUUUGACGUGGAUUUCGAGAAAGCUGCAAAAGAUUUUGAAGGUUUAUCAGGUCGAUAUGCGGUACGGCUGGUAGUGGGUGAUUCGGCAAUAUCGCAUGCAUUGGACUGGAACUUGGUGGAUAUUAACCUGAAACUUCCUGCAGCAGCUGCUUCAAAAAUCAAAAAGUCCGAACGUGUUAUUUACGAAAAAGCACCAGAAAUCAAGCAUAUGUUUCGAGAACCAGAAAAGCGGCCUCCACGGAUUGUCUCAACUAUUUUUGUUUUCCUCUCUGCAUUUCCAUUGCUCAUUGUCCUUAUUUUGUGGUUACGCAUUGGAAUCAAUUUUGGAAAUUUGCCAGCGUCUCCCUUCGUUUUGCUUUUCCAUGGUGGUUUAAUAGGAAUAUUCGGGUUAUACUUUGUUUUCUGGCUACAGUUAACUAUGUUUGAAACGUUGAAAUAUUUAUCAGUGGUUGGCACUAUGACAUUUAUUUCUGGAAACCGUUUAUUGAGAAUACUUGCAUCAAGACGGAAAGAAAAAACCAAAUAAUGUGGAAGAACAAAUGCUGUAGCGGAGAAAUGGGAUUUUCAUUCAGAUAAUCCUUAGUUACUUCAUAUUUUGUGAUUACAAAUUUCCUUUAGCUUCUCGGAGUUUUACUAUUGUAUCCAUGGAAUAAAAUUGUCAGAUUUGCUGGAUUUUGAAUUUAGACUAUUAAGAAAUUGUUAAUUUAUUUAUAUUGUUGAUCUUUUUGUUGCGGCAGGUUUGUUGAUGCAGAACUUUUUGAUCGUGUUACUGUUCUCUGCAUUAGGAUUUCAUAAAC